AAGAGAUCAUAACAGGCGCACGAAAUAUUAAUAAAUCAUGCUCAGCGCGCUCCGUGCGCGUUCGCCCGUGCAUCGGGCCGCCGCACCGCCAAAAACCUACCCGGCCCGGCCCCAGCAAUCCCGGCUGCAUGCCGUUUUAUCGCAGUCGAGAAAGACCUUUGCCAGCGACGUUGCCAUACCGACUGGGAGCAGAUCCGGAGGAACGUCAACGCCAGCAACUACUUCAAGAGGCAGUUUAACCACGACCCCCGGCACUUCGCUCCCCCUCGCAACAGCCCAACCCAACUCGCCCGCGGCCGCGCAGAAUCUGCGGCACGCGGACAAGAAGCAAGAAAACCUCUCCGCGGCGGAACAAACCAAGCAGUUUUACCUCCAGGAAGCCAUCCCCACGCACGUUACGACCGCGGGGUUUAUCCUGGAUGAGGAAGAGAUCAAGCGACGGAAGAACUUCCCGGUGCGGCGGAAUUUGCUGAACACAGAACGGCCUUCCAUUCGCCAAGAGCUGCUUGAGGACCCCGACCGAUUGAAGAUGGACGACCCCAUCACGCGGCAGGACAAGCGACUCGCGGCGGAAUUUAACAAGCUGAACACGAUGCGGUUUGACAUUCUGCGCAGAUUCAAACAGGAGACAAACCCGGUGUUUAUCCUGUGGAAAAACGUACCUACCCCAUAGUCAAGUCGGUAAAUUUGCAACACACAUCUCCAAGUUUUGGGAGUUAUGCAUGACAAAUUUGGCGUCGUAGUGUAAUCCUGUUCAGCUAGUGCAGUAGCAUCACACAUGUAGCACAUGGCGCUGAUUGUAGCAUGACAAAUUCAGAAACACGAAUAGAAAAUGCCUCUCAUGGGGCUCCGCACGAGAAAUAUUUUCAGCAUGCAGAUUUGCAUGACAACUUUGGGGUGGGGACGUUUUUACAAAUGAGAGCGCUCCUCUGGAAUUUCUUCUGCGGGUCGUUUGUCGGUUUGUGGUUGAUCUACAUAUCAAAUGCAAAAAUGUCUGGAUCGGGAAGAGUGCAAGACUUGUCAUGCACAUUUUGAAUGGCCAGUGAGGUUUGGAAUGCAGAACCUAGCAUGAUUACAGAUUCUGCGAGGUCUCCAUCAUGCCUACCCUGCAUGACAAACUCCCUCGCAACUUGGUCGAAAGUGGAUAGCUUUUGGUCAUCAUGCAACAUAGAUUUUUGCAUGAUUCUGAUUUACCAUGACAAGUUCCACUUUUCCAGACCCAGACACUUUUGCAUUUGAUACUACAUGCUCGUGUGCUACAUGGCGAAAGACGCGGAGUCGUUCACGCAGUCAUUCUAUGCAUAGAUGCAAAAGCAGCGCAUUUCAAGUAUGUGAACUACGCAUCACAAAUUUUUUUGAUUAUCCAAAUAGAACACGCAAGAACUUGAACUUGUCAUGCUGUGGCAUGCACGAACGGCUACACCUACAUUUUCAUCCAUGCAGAAAUAUGCAAUUCGCAUGCACUACGUCCAGUGCUGCUUUUUGUUAAACAUAGUCAUACGUUUGUGUUCGACCUGUUGCGGUUUUGGUACAAAGACGAUGUAGCGGGGUUCUACUACCGCUUGCGAAAAAUGGCGUACAACCAGCGGUUCCCAACCAUGCAACUAUCCGCUUCGGGGGAACUUAUCAAGUGCAAAUAUGUCUGGGUCUGGAAACUUGUAAUGCUGCGUUGGGAAUAGUGAAUGCUCUGUAAUGCACAGCCAAGCAUGAGAAAUAUCUGCGCUUCUUUGUGUUGCGUUUUUCGCAUGACAAACUGCGUUUUUGCAUGACAGGCGAAUGGGUCUCUUCUUGGACAGGCAUCACAAACUUUUUGGUCAUGCCAGACAAGCAUGACAAGUCUCGCAAUCUUCCAGACCCAGACACUUUUGCAUUUGAUAGAACUGCGGCAGAAGUUAUUCUCUCUAACCGCGGAGGAGAACUGGUACGGGUGCGGAGAGGAGAAGUUAUUGGAGUUUUCGAAAAUUCUGGUAGCAAAAGAUGCUACAACUACACCGGGCGUUGCUCCUCCGAGCGUCGUAGCGCUCAACGAGGAGAUGAAUGGUUUUUCCAUCCGUGAUUUGAAAGACCGGAGCUACGGCGCCCCGCUACGGCACGCCGCAGCGAAACAAAGGGCGCGGGAAGAGGGUCGGCGGGUUGAAGUAGAGGGGCGGGAUGAAGAAGUAGGUUUUAGUAAAACUACUGCAGCGGAUCAUCUUGUUCAAAGCGGCACGCAGGGACGAGAAGAAGAUCAUGCUGCAAGAACCAUUUCUGCGACAAAAAUUUCCUCCGGUUUGGACCUCCAUUGUCCGAUACAACUAGCAAGCGGGUUGGACUUCACGGGCGAGCUCGCCUACCCGUUUGGCGGCUGCGGGUUCGGGAUGGCGACGGUCGGGCCGUUUGAGAUCACGACGGGACAACGUGGUGAUGACUCUGGAAAAGAGAAAAAUCACAUGAAUCCCGCAGAAAAAUUUCAGGAGUUUUUGCAAAACGAAUUUUCCUCUUAUCCGCAAUUUGCGAAUUCAGAACUGGUUUCACCGCAGAGUAACACACUCUCUUCCUCCUCUCCCUCUCGUUCUUACACGCAGAAACUGACCCUAGACCAGUUCGCGAACCUCCCUCUGUUCAGAGACCGGAUCGAGCGGCAGGUGCACAACUCGGUGCGAAAGAACGUCUUGCUCGGCGUGCAUUUGAAAAUUUCGUCUUCGCAGGACAACUUUGACGAAGUGAAAGCGGCGGUUAGACUGGUCCGGGAAAAAGCGCAGUAUGUUGUUUUGGAGCUUGGUGAAGGAGUUGUUGAGACGAGAAAUAAAAGUAGAGCGGGUGGUGAAGAAGCUGUGCCUGGUGAUUCUUAUUCCGCAACGCAAGCUGCCUUACAGGACCUGCUACUCUCCGUCGAAACAGCAGCAGCAUCGGACGACGAUCAAACUAUUUCCGGCGAACAUCUGAAAGACCGCCCAUCAGAGCAUACAGAAGGACAAAACUUCGGCGUGUUUUUUCAGGUCAACAGUAGAGAGGAACUGGAGGACUUUUGGUUAAAUGAAGAACACGACGUGGUGGAGAAGUUGCUUGAUGCGAUUUCAGAAGAGAAUUCUGAUGGGACUACACCCUCGGCAAGUACUAGCUUCGGCUUCCUCAUCGCAAACACGAACACCACCGCAAGACGAACGGCGAGGUCUGAAGAAACAAAAUUGAUGGUGGAAAAAUUGUUCAAAAAGCUUCACUACGACGACCCGAGAUUCCCAGCUUGUGGUCAUGCGAAAGAACAGCAAGCGAAGCAUCAUUCUCCUGCAGGGACGCUGCAAGGUAGUUCCAAAAAUCCAGCAACGAAAAAGAACCUUCGCUGGGCCAUGCCGAUCAUCGCUUCUCUUGGCGGAACUGAAUCCACCACUGUCGUGAACGCCGCGGACCUGAUGGAAUCGGGAGCGGCGAUUGUGCAGAUCCGCGAUUUGUUUAUCGAAAAGGGAGUCGCGGGGCUGGUGGAUUUCCGCUCGGAACUCGGGUCAUUUCUCGGCCUGCGCGGUGCGCACUGCGUGUUUCAGCUGUGCGGGAAGAAGUGGGCCGUGGCUAAAUCUUCGUCCGGAAGUAGCAAUUCCUGCUCCGCUGACGAAGCAACAAGCAACGAAGCGGGUACGACGUCGGGUGAUGUCAAGACAAAAAAGCGGAGGAAGGUGUACCGGCCGGGGAGUCCGCAGCUGGGGAAUGCGGUGACGCUGGGAUACACCUGAAAUACAGUUCUUGCUGUGCAAUUGCAUAUGUGUACUUACGCAUCUUCAAGCGGUUUUGAAAAUGAAUGGACAAUCGUCUUGCGCGAUGUCUGAAUUUCGAUCCUGGCUAGCGCUUCAUCAGAUG